AUGAAGUCGGCUGCCGGUGCACUGCUGGCUGCGCUGGCCCUGUUGGCGGCCGUGAGUGCCGUUGAGGCCAAGUUUGCCUUUGGCAAUUACUUUGCCAACUGGGCGCAAUACCGUGCCGGUGACUUUUCCUACACACCCCAGCAAUUGGCUCCUGCCGUGAGCAAAUUCGAUUACAUUGUCUACGCGUUUGCUUGGAUGAACGGUGGUUGUGGUGGCUGCAAUGGAGAUGUUGUCUACGAUCGUCUUGGCCAGUGCCGUUUCCCCAACGGUACCUGCUCCAUGUUUUCCAAUGGCACUCGCGAGAGCCCCGAGUGCCCCACCGGCGCUGUCCGAUGCACUGAAGGCAACUUCACCCUCGUGUCCCCCGAACCCGCCGACCCCCAAUUUUAUGAAUCGGUGGUGGCCUUCAAGCAACAAAACCCUGGUCUCAAGGUGCUGCUGAGUGUCGGUGGCUGGAACUUUCCCAGCUCCGUCUACUCAAUCAUGGUCUCUGAUGACAACUACCGCCUCUCCUUUAUCAACUCUUGCCUGGAUUUCAUGACCAAGUAUGGCUUUGAUGGCAUUGAUCUUGACUGGGAGUUCUGGGGCUCAGGCCCCCGCGACGAUGAAAUCAAGCUCUCCAACAGCAGCUUCCACCCCAUCUACGACGUCGGAGGCCAAAUGCCCGGUGAUGCUCAAGGCCUCCUCUCCCUUGUCACGGAAAUGCGCUCGUACUUUGGCCCAGACAGGAUGAUCACCGUGGCCACCCAGGCCGACAUGGGCAAGAUGAGCCAGAUUGACAUCCCUGCCGUCAGCGAACAGAUUGAUUACUGGCACCUCAUGGCCUACGGUACGCCUUGUGUGCACAGCCCGCGCAGGCGCGUCUCUUGGCGUCGUCGUCUGCCCAAGGCAACAACCACAGGGCCACACUUGGCAGCUGACGCCAUUUUCUUUUCCUCAUUUGGCAUGUGCAUAGAUUACUCCGUCUCCGACCUUCCCGAGAUGUGCGGUGACAGCCCCUGCUUUGCCAACUUUACCGCCCCCAACCAGCCCUUGUUUGCCGUCAAGGAGGGACAGAUCCCUGCUCACGAGCCCGCCUUCCCCUCGAGCUACUGGAGCGUCAACUACACCAUCACUGGCUACCUGAAGGCCGGAGCUCCGCCCGAGAAGCUGGUUCUGGGUCUGACCUUCUACGGUCAUCUCUGGUAUACCCCUGGCCAAGAGAACAACUGGCAGCGCUUUGGCGUGCCCGCGGCGCUCUCCCAUGGUUGCUACGGUCCCUUCAACCCCACCUUUGGUGCCUGGCCCGGCCGUCGCGCCGAGCUCUGCGGCCUGCUGAUCUACUCGGAGAUUGUUAGCCUGAUUGAUCCCGCCAACGAGACGGAGAACUUUUUCGAUCCCACUACUCAGUCGGAUAUCGGCUUUAUCCGUUCGGGUGACCGUGCCGGUGAGGACCUGGGCAACACCACGCCCGGUUGGGUGUCAUGGAACAGCAUCAAGAGCCUGCAGGCCAUCACCACUUUUGCCAUGGAGGCCGGCAUUGGCGGCGUGUUCGCCUUUGAUGCUUCGAUGGAUGUCUUUGAGAACGGCUACCCUGUUGUGACCGCCAUUCAUGACACCAUCACAGGUGGCAACAACAACAGCAGCAACGUGUGCAACCCCAGCGCCGGUUGCAAUGUCUGUAAAGCCUGCUGCCAGUCGUACCUCAAGAACCAGGACGACUGCGAUGCCUGCGUCAAGGCUGAGUGCAAGACUAACCAAUGCACUGGCACCUGCAACGUCUGCGAUUCCUGCUGCAAGCCCUAUCUCAAGGACCAGACGGACUGUGACAGCUGUGUCCAGUCUCAGUGCAGCGCCAUCCCCUUUUAAGGCGCCUGCUUUACUCCUUGUUUGCCUUGUUUGAACGAGUCCCAACUGGGGGUGUCCGUGCACAUGCCCCUUUGUUCUUUGUUUCUUUGAUAAAUCACUCUUCUGGGUAUGUCGGUCGCCCAACAUGCCAUUGUUGUUCUGUGAUCCUUUGCUCGUGCCCAAAAGUGUCGUUGUGAAAGUGCCCAACCCCCAGCGCAUGUCGUUGCGCUUCUCAAAUUUGAGCACAUCCGCUUUCGAUCUUGGCUGAAGGUCGGGCUCAAUCGAAUUGGUCGAGCA